GAAGCUGGAAUCUGACCCCUGGCGCUGGGCCUGGUCUCCAUGGCAGCCGCGGAUUUAUUACUGGGGCCUCCACCCAGCUUGGCGGACUUUCGACUUGAAGCCGGGAGGAAGGGGAACCGGGAAGGCGGUUCUGGGAGCAGCGAGCCACGGGUGGCAGCCAGAGGCCCCGCAAUGGCCAAGUUUCUUUCCCAGGACCAAAUUAAUGAGUACAAGGAAUGCUUCUCCCUGUACGACCAGCAGCAGCGCGGCAAGAUAAAAGCCCCUGACCUCCUGGUGGUGAUGAGGUGCCUGGGGGCCAGCCCGACGCCAGGCGAGGUGCAGCGGCACCUGCAGACGCACGGGAUAGAAAGAAAUGGAGAGCUGGAUUUCUCCACUUUCCUCACCAUUAUGCACAUGCAAAUCAAACAAGAGGACCCAAAGAAAGAAAUUCUUUUGGCCAUGUUGAUGGCGGACAAGGAGAAGAAAGGCUACAUCAUGGCGUCUGAGCUGCGGUCAAAACUCACGAAACUGGGGGAGAAGCUCACCCACAAGGAAGUGGAUGAACUUUUCAGGGAAGCAAAUAUCGAACCAAAUGGCAAAGUGAAGUAUGAUGAAUUCAUCCACAAGAUCACGAUUCCUGUGCAGGACUACUGAAUGAAGAGAAAGCAGGAGAGCCUCCCUGGGCCUGAAAACUCAGACUGAUUAAUCUUUAAAAAGAAGUGUUCCUUUCACUCUAGGGUGAUGGCAGACACAGCAGCAAGAUGACAUUACCCAACUGCAGCAGAGGAUAACUUAGCAAUGAAAAUAAAUGAUUUCAGCCAUGGUGUUAGCAUGUCUUUAAUAAAAGAUUUUUAUUGAUUUUAAUAACUACCAUUAGUUCAGCCCUUUACAGCUGGAAAGAGUCUAUGAUUUGGAGUUGCGCCUGGUUCCAAGUCCUGACUCUGCCAUUGCCCAGCUACGUGACUUUGGGCAAAUCAUUUCACCCCUCAAAACCUCAGGAUCCUCACUAAAGUAGGAUUCCUACUUCUUACCUCAUGGAGCCUGUUGAGGAUGGUCUGAGAUAAUGACUUGAAAAUGCCUUUGCAAACUGUAGAGCACUGUGCAAUCCUCACUUACCAUGGUAGUGCUUUUCCUAAAAAGGGCAAUCUACCAAAAGACUACAUGGUCACGUGUCGCUUAACGACGGGGAUACAUUCUGAGAACUGCGUUGUUAGGCGAUUUUGUCUUUGUGCAAACAUUGUAGAGCGUGCUUAACAAACCUAGAUGGUAUAGCCUACUACACACCUAGACUAUAUGGUACUAAUCUGGUGGGACCACGGUCAUAUAUGCGGUCCGUUGUUGAGUGAAAUGUUGUUAUGCGGCUCAUGCCUAUAUUCUAUAUCUGGGUGCUGGAACCAUCUUCCACAUUUCCAAGAUAAAGCCAGUGCUAGCUGACAAACAGCGACAAGCAAAGAGCUAAAACAAGCAAACAAAAAAACUAUGACAACAUUUCUUGCGGCACCAUGCGUGGCCGCAUAACAAAUUCUCAUGCCCAUCUCAACACACAGUAACAUAGUUCAGGAUAUUCACUCAUUCCGAGGAUAGGGUGAAAACACUCAUGUUAAAACAAGGCAGCAUCAGUUAAACAGCUGGCAGAGUGACCUGACUUUACAGCCCACACCAAAGGAAACCAGACGUGACAUGUUGCAUUCACUGAAGCCUUACAGAGCUUGAGACGGCCCUUUCUGACGCUCCUGUCAGAAUUUCGAGCUUUCCACUGGCUUGUUAUCAGCGAGGGUCACGGGACUAGGACGAUCUGCUUACGUGGACCAAAUUGAUCAUGGCUUCCAGCCAUUUCCCCAGGACUAAUGGAGAGUAACAAGGGAUGUAACAGGCCAUGGCCAUGAUGCAGCAAGAGCCCUAGGAAACAGUAGUAGGGGUAC